AUGAGACGAACCGCUUUAUUGGUACCAAAUAAUUUAACAAUAAAAACAAAUGACAUAUUGAGGCAACAUAAAUAUAUUAAUAGUUAUGAAAAGCUUUUAAGAAUAUUUGUUUACGUGUCUCGAUAUGCAUUUUCUAUUGUGCGUAAAGAAACACCAAAAAUUGGCCCAAUUGAAGUAGAAGAAAUGAAAAUAUCAUUGGAACUUAUUUGCCGUUUAAUUCAAGGUCAGUUAUUUUCAAGGGAGCUUAGUUGUCUUAAAGAUAAUCAACAAAUUCAUCGUCAAUUAAAGUUAGUAAUGUUGUCACCAUUAUUACAAAAUGGUCUAAUACGAAUGGGUGGCCGACUCAAUAAUACAAAUCUACCUUUUUCGGUAAAACACCCAAUAGUACUACCAUCAACACAUAAUUUCGUACAUACUCUUAUUCGAUACUAUCAUCACAAAAAUCAUCAUGCAGAUGCACCAACUCUACACAAUAUUCUUCGUGAAAUUCUGUGGAUACUUAAGGCAAGGCAUAAUAUAAUAAUACAUAACUGUGUUUUCUGCUAUCGAUUUCGUCCUGUAACAGAGCAUCAAAUAAUGGGAGCACUACCAAAAUUUGAGUUAAUACAAUCAAGUUCUCAACAUGCUCCCCCUUUGGAAGCCUUGUUUCAACAUUAAUAUUUAAACCAGAUUCGAUGGGAAGUUUGCAAAUUUUCGUAACAGCUCUUUUAAGGACACCUUCUGUGGUUUUUACAGACACUACUCGGACUUGACCAUCUUGACCUUGAUUUGUUUUAAUUACCCGGCCAAGAGUCCACUUCAAUGGUGGUGUUGAAUCUUCUUUUA